ACCUAGUUCGCAUAUGUACCCAGGGAUAGCUUCAGACAAAAGAGGGGUCCUCGGGACACGGCACGGGCAGCUUUACAACUUGCUCAUGCAGUUUCGCAGUACAGUAUCCAGGUUCCUGCACGUUUACAGUGCCUACAACCAACUGUACAGAUACUUAGGUAUCCCUGUUUCCGCUACUCAUAAUCCGAAGAGACUUACGGCGUCUCGAAUCCUCAUACUUCCUCGAAGAGAGCGACAUCCGAGCCCGACAGCCCACGACCUCUUUAAGACACCCCAGGAACGCCCCUUAAAGACCUAUUGGAUUGAAACGUGACCCCCCGAGCGCAAAUAUCGAGCCAGCCUCUAUACCAAGUCGAACGAGACGAGACGCCUACCUUAGUCUCGGCUUCUAAAUUCAGCGGAACGGUCGUCUCUUCAUUUAUCUAACGACGCGAAGCCAUGGAAUCCGGAGCACCUUCGCAACAGCAACAGUCCAAUGGAGGAGGUAGCUGGGGUGCUUUCCUCAAGUCUAUCGCGUCCUUCAACGGUGAUCUUGCCAGUCUUACGGCUCCACCGUUUAUUCUAUCAUCGACAAGUUUGACCGAGUUCAGCUCGUACUGGGCAGAACACCCCUCCAUCUUCGCGAAUCCCGCCCAAGAACCUGAUGCCGCCAAAAGGGCCCUCUCUGUACUCAAGUGGUUUCUCACAACGCUGAAGCAGCAGUAUGCCAGCCGAAGUGAGCAGUAUGGCAAUGAAAAGAAGCCACUCAAUCCCUUUCUCGGGGAGCUGUUUCUUGGGAAAUGGGAGGACGAAGCCGGGACGACAGAACUGAUCAGCGAACAAGUCAGCCACCAUCCACCAGCAACCGCGUAUUGCAUCACCAAUUUACCCAGCGGUGUUCGUCUUGAGGGAUAUAAUGCUCAAAAGGCAUCCUUCUCGAAAACGAUCAAUAUCAAACAGAUAGGCCAUGCCGUUCUGACAGCUCCAUCGCCAUUUUCAACAGAGCCGGAUACCUACUUGAUUACUUUGCCAUCACUCCACAUUGAGGGUCUCAUCUUCGGCUCGCCGUUCAUCGAACUAGACGGUGCAUCUUACAUCACGUCAUCUACUGGUUUCACAGCCAAGAUUGACUAUAGUGGAAAGGGCUGGCUCUCUGGGAAAAAGAAUUCUUUCACCGCAACACUGUACCCGUCAGGCAAGGAGAAGGACGUGCUCUUCAACGUCUCUGGUCAAUGGACCAAGACCUUCGAAAUUCACUCGGGUGUGGCCAAACACAACAGCAAGGACAAUGUAGUGGGGUAUUGGGAUCCCUCGCAGGUCUCUACUACAAAACUGAUUGUCUCGCCUGUUGAGAAACAACACCCUCUAGAGUCGAGGCGGGCGUGGGCGAAGGUGGCGGCAGCCAUAGCCAAGGGAGAUCUAGACGCGGUAGGACAGGAGAAGAGCAAGAUCGAGAAUGCGCAGCGAGAAAUGCGUGCCAAAGAGAAAGCAGAAGGCCGCAACUGGGAAAGACAAUACUUCAACGCACGGUCAGAUGCCCCAGACCUUGUGCUCAGCAAGCUCGGACCUAUUGUCGGACUAGCAGAGCAUGGCGAUGCUGAGAAAACUGGUGGCGUUUGGCGAUUUGACCCCACCAAGACGGAGAAGGCAAACGAGCAACUCUCUCUCACCGAUGAUGACGCAAAGAAGAUUGCCAAGGAACUGCUGGGCCAGUGAGUCUCUAUCUAAUACACGAAUGGUUACUAUUUGGCGGCGAAGUCGUUGCCGAAUGUUUGAUAGUUAGAGCAUGUGUUAGCCGUAUUCGACCAAUUUUGAAGAUAAUGGCCUAGUAUAAAGUCUCAUUCGCUCACGCGGAUGGAUGUAUUCAUUGUUGGUGUGCUUUUCGUCUUGUGUCAUCAUAAAUGGACA